AAGAUGAUUCACGUGCUUUCGGGUUUUACAAACCUAUGUCGGAUACAACCAUAAAAUUACAAUAUUACAUAUGCAGGGCACAAUCAUUUUAUUUAAUUUUAAUAAGGAUUACCAAUUAGUUAUUUGAAUGAGGUGUAAAGCUGUAGCUGUGGGUGUUUUUGUAUGGUAAUUGUAACAUCAGACACUUGUACGCAUGUGCGAGGUGUGUUACUUCCUCGCGUCUAACGUUGCCGUGGAGUGAGGCUCCUCCAGUGCUCUCAGCUAUCUUUGGUGCAGCAGGCAGUACAGCCAGCACGGUGCGAAAGGGCGCACAAGUGUAAGUCAGCCAGCCAGCGACCCAGCAGAAAUGUCGGAAAGUGGGAGUCAGGAGGAAGCCGCCGGGGCCGCGAACGGCGGCGGCGGCAGCCCGACCAAACGUGCACUGAGACCGGCUGUCGGCAACAGAGUGUCCGUGGUGCUCGGAGCUCAGUGGGGCGACGAGGGGAAAGGAAAAGUUGUGGAUCUGCUGGCACAAGACGCGGAUAUGGUGUGCAGAUGUCAGGGCGGCAACAACGCAGGACACACAGUGGUGGUCGACUCUGUGGAGUACGACUUCCAUCUCCUCCCAAGCGGCAUCAUCAACCCCAAGGUCACCGCCUUUAUUGGCAACGGUGUCGUGAUCCACCUGCCCGGCCUGUUUGAAGAAGCAGAAAAAAACGAACGCAAAGGAAAAGGUCUUAAAGGGUGGGAGACAAGGUUGGUCAUCUCUGACAGAGCACAUAUUGUGUUUGACUUCCACCAAGCCGUCGAUGGUGUUCAGGAACAGCAGAGACAAGAGCAAGCAGGCAAGAACCUGGGAACAACAAAGAAGGGGAUUGGUCCGGUGUACUCGGCUAAGGCAGCGCGCAGCGGUCUCAGGAUAUGUGACCUGCUGGCUGACUUCACUCAGUUCUCUGAAAGGUAUAAAGUUUUGGCCCAGCAGUACAAGGCAAUGUACCCCACUCUGGAGAUCGACAUAGAGGGAGAGCUUGUCAAAUUAAAGGACUACGUGGAGCGGAUCAAGCCAAUGGUGAGAGAUGGCGUGCACUACAUGUAUGAGGCUCUUCACGGCCCUCCAAAAAAGAUCCUGGUGGAAGGAGCCAAUGCAGCGCUGCUGGACAUCGACUUCGGGACGUACCCAUUUGUGACAUCGUCCAACUGCACAGUGGGCGGGGUGUGCACAGGGCUCGGCAUGCCGCCUCAGAAUGUCGGGGAGGUCUACGGGGUCGUCAAGGCGUACACCACCAGAGUGGGCAUCGGAGCUUUCCCCUCUGAGCAGAGCAACGAGAUCGGAGAGCUGCUUCAGACUCGGGGGAAGGAGGUGGGCGUGACCACGGGCAGGAAGAGGCGAUGUGGUUGGCUGGAUCUGGUGCUCGUCAAAUAUGCACACAUGAUUAAUGGUUUCACCGCUUUAGCUCUCACCAAACUGGACAUACUUGACGUGUUCGCAGAGAUCAAAGUGGGCGUAGCGUACAAAGUCAACAACCAAUCUAUACCUCACUUUCCAGCCAAUCAGGAGGUGUUGCAGAAUGUGGAGGUCCAGUAUGAGACGCUGCCGGGCUGGAACAGCGACACAUCGGCUGCGAGAAGCUUCGACGAGCUGCCUGAGAACGCCCAGAAAUAUGUCCGCUUCAUUGAGGAGCAUUUGGGAGUGCCUGUCAAGUGGAUCGGUGUGGGCAAGUCUCGGGAGUCCAUGAUCCAGCUGUUUUAGAGGACGGGAGGAAAAACACGAGCAAAGAGGAUGCACAGCAGCCAAUCAACUGUACCCUUCUGCCCCUCCCCAACACACACGCACACACACAGCCUACCUACCUGUCUCGACUCUCUAACAGAGACAUGACCAUCAUGUCUGUUCUUAAUGCUUUACCACUGUAUCAUCAGACUGUCCCAUCUUACAGACCGGACCUCUCUGGAUCAGAUUCCCAGUGUCUUCAUCCGGAUUUUUAACCGUUUUAAGGACAACAGUCAAGUCUUUUAAUUUGUCCCUCUCUAUAUAUUGUAGCUGUUUAUUUCAGACGUACACUCGGCGCUACCAGCUGACCCAAAGGAACAGACUCAGUAACACACAAACACAGACACAAGAUCACUCCCUGGAGGAACUGUCCCCAGAUGUUUGGUUGGUCAGUUUUGUUCACAUGUAUUUUUGUUACUCUAUGCUGUGUUUUAAAUGCGCUGCGCCGGUCUGGUGUAAAUCAUUUUUAACCUCUGCACUUUAGAUGCUUUGGACUACAUCUGCUUUAUGUUUUAUUCUGCCAGGUGUGCACCACAUCCUGACACGAUAAAGGGAUCCUUUAAUAUUUUUAAUGUGUCUUUUUGUUUUCUUCUUGUCUCACAAAGACUUCUCACAUUGCCUUCUCAUUCAACCAAAAAAAAAUUGCUUUUAAAUUUGUUGUAGCUAGUGACGGCUUCCACUGAACGCUGAUGAAAUGCUGAUGUGUUUUUUGUUUUAAUUUUAGCAGGUGAUUUAACUGGUACAAAUGGAAAUCAAUCAGUAGGCCAGCAUUUAUCUGCUCACAUUCUUUUGAUUAUAUAUCUUCUUAUCGUCAAUUUCUUUGCACUUUCACUACAACGUUCUGUUUCAGUGUUAAGACAGGCAACAGUGACACCUUUUACACAAAAAAAAGUUUAAAUACAAGUGUAUAUAUACGACAGUUCUCAUAGUUUUGUCCAGUCUUUAAAACAAGAAAAAAUAGAAUUAAAUAAGUCUUUGGCUGCAGUUAGCCUUAAAAAAAAGAUGGCAUUCUUCACUGUUUUGUCAAUAAAUACUGGCACCAUCCGAAUUAGUCAAUCAGUGGUUAAAAAAAAAAAAGGUAAUGUGUUGGCAGAGUAGGAAGAACAAAAAAAAACCCAUUACUCUAACUUGAGGGCAUUCAUGCACAUUAUUACCUCUGUCAAAGAGGUUAUGUUUUCAGUUGUCGUCAGGAUUUCUGAGAAACUACUGGCUCAACUUUCAUGAAACUUGGUGGAAGGGUUUCGCGAUUAUUCUUCAUUUUCAAUAACAAUGCAAGAUAGGGCGUGGCACUAUCUAACAAAUGAAACCAGAUACAUAGAAACUGUGUAGUUCCUUUUUUUAGCUUUAAUUUUGAUGUGCCAGUGAUUGGGGCUUUCCAACAAAGAAAUUACAUUGUGGAGGCUGUAGUCAUUACAAUCUUAACUAACUCUAUUGUUUUUAUCCAAUCCAGUUUUGUAUCCUGCUAGCUAUAAGCUUCAAAUAUUUGGAUUUAGAGGAUUUAGUGUGUUUUUUUUCCAUACAGUUUAGGGAUUAUCAAGACAAUUUUGCCAAUUUUUUAAGUUGUCAAAAUUUAAGCAGCAGAAAAUAUCCAGACUUUUAGUCAACUUGUUUGGGUUCAAGCUCUUCAAAAGCUGGAUACAUUUUUCACAAUAAUACCUCUUAAAUAUGCCACAUUCACGUCCUAUGUUCAUUACUUGUGGGUGUUCACAUAAUCUGAUCAAUUGUAGUUGCUCAAAGUGCCCUCAGAGACAUUUUUGCGUAGUCCCUGAGCGUGACAUGAAAUGCAUAAAUUAUAUUUUAAUCUUCAGUUACAAUACUUUAACUUUCAAUAGCUUACAUUUAAUACUCUACUCCACCACUGCGUCAAACUGCGCCUCCCUAAUAAGCAUCUGUCAAAAACUUCUGGCUGCACGGCUAAUCUUUUCUUUUCUAAUCUUUUUUUUGGGUAGCCCUGUCUGGCAAAGGCAGCAAAAUAGUUACACGUUUAUUUGAGGAUUUUAUUCCAAAACACAACAAACAUAAAUGUUGCGUUCAGUAUUUCAAAAGAAGCAGUGAGUCAUUUUAGCUGGGAAGCAUUUAUUCAAAUUCCUGAUAUGUAACUGUGGGAUAAAACUCGUCUGUUUGUCUCUGGUGACCUAAAAAUGACGACUCGGUCUGAAACAUUUUUCUCAGGAUGUUGAUUAAAACUGUAUUUACUCUUUAUGCUCGUUUUGUCUUGAGAUUAAAAUCUAUAUAUAUAUAUAUAUAUAUAUAUAUAUAUAUAUGGAGAUUUUAAUCGCACUGUUUCCAGCAGUUACACACAACAUUAAGACAGAACGAGCAUAAAGAGUAAGAGUACAGUUUUAAUCAAUCAUCCCUUUUAACCUCCAUUCUCACAAACUCCUUCUAAAUUCAAAUUUUGUUUUGCAAAGCUGCUCAUAUAUUGAUCAAGAAAACUUACUGUACGUACUGACACCAAUGCUCCAGUCUGUCUUCUAAAUGGAGGUUAAAAGGGAUGAAAGCAGUAAACCAGCAUAAUUAAUUUAUCCAUGAAAAGUGUUUGUGUGGUAUCUGUAACUGUAUCUUAAAAUUAACUUUUAUCCCUUUACGUGCUCACACUGCCAACUUUCACUGAAUCUGCAGUGUCAUUUUAAUGUCUUUUAUUUCCAUUUUAUUCUAAACGUUUCCUUUCUUCCCUCCCUUUUUUCAGGACAGACUUCUAUCUUGACAUCUGGUUAAGACUAAAUGAAUGUUUUAGGCUACUUACGCACAACACAAACACAAAAAGACAUAAUUUACCCUGUUAAGUCUUUCGUAAAUCCCCUUUACGUGCAGUCAAGUUCACUUUUAUGUAUAGUAAAGU